AUCACUAUCUCAGGAUCAUAGAGCGAACCAUUGCGGUCCCAAUUGAUUGCAAGGACGUAAGGAGCCUGCCCUUUUUUUUUUCUUUUUUUUUGAGGCGGUUUACUCUUGCUCUUGUUCAUAUUCCAUCGGAAUGGCCUCUAAACUUUUACCAUUCACUCUUCGGCAAUGCCGCCAAUCCUUUCGACACAUUCCCGUGCGACAGUGUCGUCAAUUCACUGCUGCUACCCCAGUUCUCAGCGACAUUCUGGCAGUACACCGAAACACGCCAGAGAACAACCCUAGUAUCCCUUUCAAAUUCUCCGAACAAAAUCUCAAAGUGAUCGAUGAAAUCCUCAAAAGAUAUCCCCCACAAUACAAAAAGGCUGCUGUUAUGCCGCUUUUGGAUCUCGGUCAACGACAGCUGGGCUGGACAAGCAUUAGUGUGAUGAACGAGGUCGCGCGGAUCCUGGAGAUGCCUCCGAUGCGAGUCUACGAAGUUGCCACAUUCUAUACGAUGUAUAACCGGGAACCUGUCGGAAAAUACUUCGUUCAAAUUUGCACCACUACCCCGUGCCAACUUGGCGGCUGCGGAAGCGACAAAAUCGUGGAAGCCAUCACAAAACACCUCGGGGUUUCUUCCCAUGGCCAGACAACACCGGAUAAGCUCUUCACUGUCCUGGAAGUUGAAUGCCUGGGUGCCUGCGUUAACGCGCCAAUGGUCCAAAUCAACGACGACUACUACGAAGAUCUUACUCCCGAAACCGCCGUUCAAUUACUCAAUGCUCUCAAGGAAUCCGCUCUAGCCGGAGAGAGUGGGAAGAAAGUCAAUAUCCCCUCUCCGGGACCGAUGAGUGGAAGAGAAUCCUGUGAGAAUAGCGCUGGAUUGACUAGCUUGACGAGCCCGCUGUGGAGCACGGAGACGCUGAGAAAGGACGGGGAGUUAUAGAUAGGUGUGUUUAUGCUGAGUUUGGUACAUGGGAUAGAAUCGGCUGGGCAUAACAUGCCAUCAUUUUUCUGCUAUUGUAUAGUAGUCCUUGUCCAAAACUUUUUUUUCAUUA